AUGUACGAAAAAGAAAUAUCGCAGUCGCAAUCCAUCAUCGCCGAUGCUAAAAGAGACUAUGGAAAUACAGAAAAGGAAGAGGUUGCACCUGAUGGCUCAUCCAUUACCAUAGAAAACACAUCUGUUUCACAUGAUGAAAUGAUCGGCGAGUGGAGAUUACGUAGUUGUGGUGCAGGCCGUGAUGUAAACUUCACCUUCCCACGUGGAUUUGUGCUGACACCAAAUUCGAAGGUUACGGUUUACGCCCGAGGUAAGGGUGUCCACGCUCCACCACGCUCGUUAGUUUUUGAGGCAGAGGAUUCGUUUGCGACCGGAGGCGACGUCCGUACCUACCACUAUAACGAUGAAAAUCAAGAACGAGCCACUGUUUUCCAUCGCUCCUCGCAGUUCUGA